AUGAGGUACACACCAGAGCAGCUCGAAGGACUGAGGCAAUCGCCGCUGGUGAAGAAGCCAGAUGGGUUACCGUCGAUCCUGCAAUGGAUGGACGUGCCUGCCGAGCAAAACAACAACAGCAGCAACAACCACACCGCCAACAACGGCACAGCCCGCCGAACUCGAGGCGCACGAGACGGAGAGGGAACUACUGCCGAGCACCGCACGGACCGUCCCCUCAUCAACCCCAUGGGUCAGUUCGGGAGACGUCAGAGCAUGCGUAAGUCUGAAGGCCCAGGCCUAGUCGCUGCCAUUAACGCGCUCUUUGUAGAACCGGGCGAGGAAACUGUGCUCGGUCCGCCGAAGCUUAACUUCACAUCAGCAGCACGCGCAGCGAAGAACACAGGUGACAAGCAGGAGCGCACGGGCGUCAUCUCGACCGACGGCGAUCAGCUAGGCGACAGAUUUCCCCGCGACAAGAACGAGCGUUGGUCCCGUGAUGGUGACCGAGACCGCAACCGAGAGAGGGGCCUCACGAAUGGUCGGCGCGGUGCACGGGAGGACGGCGAGGGCUGGACGAGCGUCAAGGGCCGUAAGAGCUUGGGCCAGGAAGACUUCGAGCGCUUCAACCGUAAUGGCGACCGUGGUGACCGCAGCGACCGCAACGAUCGCACCCGAGACAGGACUGAGGGUGCUUUGGAAGACGACGCUCCUCCACGACGUGGCCAACGUGACCGUACUGAGCGCACCGAGCGCUGGGGCCGCCGAGAUGAGACAAAGGAGGAGGGGUCUAAAUUCGGCGGUAAUGUACAAGGCGGUUGGCGCGAACGAGCACAGGCACCGCAACGUGAGCAGCGCGAACGCGGCGAUCGCGAUUGGGAUCGAGGCGGCAACAGGGGAGAAGAAGACCCUGAAUGGAUGGACACAAAGAUUGAGAAAAAGAAGGAGCCGCAGAUGAAGACACAAGCGGACUUUGAACGCUGGAAAGAGCAGAUGCGGGCCAAGGAUACACCGACUGAGGAAAAGAAGCAGGACAUCCCUGCUGAGCCUGCGACUGCGACCGGCAUUGCUGCAGGGCCCAUGUUCACAGCACCAGUGCAGACGCCGACAGCAGCGGAGUCUACACAAGGUAUCCUCUUUGGCAACUGGGGCAACGUCAAGGGUGCGGAGCUUGCUCAGGAUGAGUCUAUCAAGGCCAAGCCAAAGCCAGCAAAGGCGUCCAAGUUCAUGAGCAUGUUCGCAAAGCCUGAAGAAUCAGCGAUAUCAAGUCCAGCAGCGCCGCCAGCUCCUCCAUCGCCAGCUCCCCAUGCCAAUGAGGAUCAACAAGGCUUCCAGCGCAUCCUGCAGAUGCUAGGCCAGGUCAACGUCGGCGCUCCUCAAGCACCGCCUCCAUCCCAGCCGUCACCACCAAAUGGCGUCCGAGGUCAUGGAGGUGGCAUCUCGUUAGACUUCCAGCAGUCACCACCGCCAGAGCUGCAGAAUCAUAGGCCUCCACCAAAUCGUACUUUGGAGCAGCAGAGCAUCCUGCAGAACAUUUUGGCUCCUCGUCCUGCCGCAUCAGAAUCACGACCAUCCCAUCAUGCCCGGUUCAAUGCGAUGUCCCCGGAAAAUCAACACGGAGAACAAUUCGCGCCUCCACGACCUGAGUCUGGGCGCCAAGAUGGCCAAUCUCCUUUCCAGCAGCCUCCUCUACGCAACGCCACCCCACAAGAUGCCAAUCUUGCUGCAAUUCUGAACAGUCGCGCACGGGAGGACUCACAACGUGACAAUGGGCAGAAGCAACGGGAGCGCGACUUUUUGCUCACACUGAUGCAGCAGCCGCGAAACACCCCUCCGCACAUGAUGAACCAGAGCCUGCCUCGAGGUGGGCCGCCAAUGAACAUGUUCGAAAAUAUGCAGCACGAGCAGCGUAGUCUGCCCCAGCAGAAGGGCCGUCCUGGGCUACCACCUGGUUUUAUGGAAGAUCCUCGCAUGUUCAAUGAGAAUGACAUGAUGCGCCAAGAAGCCCAGCGCAGGGAGCAGGAGCUCCGCCAACAGCUGAACAUGCAGCAACAGCAGGACUUGCGCAAUAAGAAUCAACGUCUACCAAUGGGCUUCCCAGGACACGAAGACCCAGCACUUGGCCUUCAACGCCGUAACACCGCUGGUGAGGUUCCUCGUCAGAUGACAAACAUGGGCAUUCCAUCUCAGCAACAUCCCGAUAUGCCUUUCAUGGGUGGUCGCGGUCAGCCAGGAAUGCCGCCAACACCUCAAGAUCGACCCAACAUCGCUCCUCCCCCAGGAUUCGGAGGCCCGAUGCGUCAGCCACCGGGCUUCGGUGGUCCCAAUCCGCAGCAACAAAUGGGUCCAGUUGGACCAAGCUUUUCCGCCGGAAAUACUCCGCUUGGUCUACCACAGCUAGGUGGUGGUAGCAUGCGCGGUAUGCCACCAGGCUUCCCUGGAGGUCCCGGCGGCAAUGGCAUGCCCGGCCCACCCCAAGGCUACUUCCCCCCGCCACCACCAGGGUACGGCGGACCUCCCGGCAUGCGUGGUGAGGACCCCAACAUGAUGUUCGGAUUCGGAGGGCCUGGUCCGCGGCAGCAGCAACAGGGCCGCCCAGGGCCGCCAAACAUGUACUAG